AUGGAACGCACCACCACCACCAUUCCCACCCCACCGGCUUCCUCCACCGUCACCUCCGCCUCCUCCCCUUCCCUCCAAGCUCCUCCUCCUGCUUUCCAACACCUUGAAAUCAACCUCAUCUCCGCUCAAGAUCUCUCCCUCUCCGCCAAAUCCAUGAAAACCUACGCCAUGGCUUAUCUCCACCCUAAUCGCAAGCUCUCCACUCUCGUCGACACCAAAGGCAACACCAAUCCUACCUGGAACGAAAAACUCAUGUUCAAAAUCGACGAUCAAUUUCUCUUCUCUGAAUCAUCCUCCCUUACCAUUGAGAUCUACAAUGUUUCCUGGUUUCGCGACGUUCUUGUCGGCAGCGUUAAUGUUCUGAUUGACGAUCUAAUCACGCCGGAGCACAAGCACUACCGUGCCGGAAGUCGUUUCGUCACGCUUCAGAUCCGCCGUCCAUCUGGUACUCCACAAGGGAUUAUGAAUAUGGGCUAUACCCUAGGCAACGCAAACGAACAAGGAGUUCCACUGUACAGCGAGUUUUCCGGCGAUAAAAAACCAGAAAACGAAGCCGCCAUCGACUUGGAAGACGGAAAGCUUCAUGUUCACGAGAAGAUUCAUUUAUGGCGUUCACGAAGCGUGGAUGAAAUUGAUGAUGAAGAUGAUUAUCCUGGAUCUGUAUACAACGGAUCGAUGGUGAACGGAUCUGAGAUCUGCUCCGACGUUGGACCAUCGGCUUCGAUUGUAGCGGCGGAGAUAGCACAGAAGUCGCAACCGCCGCCGUCUCCACGACCACCACUGAUUGCACGAAGACCUGUGAUGAGAAAUGCAGAAGAUGGUGGGAGUUCGAUUUUGGGUGAACUGACAAUGGAAGAAGCAUUAGCAAAAGGAUGGCUGGUGGAUUUUCCGGCGCAUAACAGAGUAGCACGUCGUCGGAACCACCCACGGCGGCACUCAGACGGCGGAGGGUUGUUUUCAUGUUUUGCAUUAGGGAUUGAAUUCCAUAUCGUAUGUGGAAGUGCAAACAAGCAGAGUAGUAGUAAUGCCAAAAGGAAUAGGGCCCGAAAUAGGAAAGGAUCUGGAUAA